AUGGUGAACCUCGGUAAUUUGCUCGCAAGAGGUGCCGAAGGAGUAGAUCGUGACGCAGUGCGAUCUGUGGAGCUGUAUAAGCACGCUAUCGAGAAGGGUGAGGACGUCGAUGCGAUGAUUCACCUCGAUUUUUUGCUCGCAAAAGGUGCCGAAGGAGUAGAGCGUGACGCGGUGCGAUCUAUGGAGCUGCUUGAGCGCGCUAUCGAGAAGGGUGAGGACGUCACUGCGAUGUUUAACCUCGGUGUUUUGCUUGCAGAAGGUGGCGAAGGAAUUGAGGGUAACGCGGUGCGAGCUAUGGAGCUGAUGAGCGCGCUAUCGAGGAGGGUGAGGACGUAA